AACUCCUACAUAUUUUGAGGUGGUUUAUAGACGGGUUGGAGCAGGUGGUGGCGGAGGCCCGCGUCAGUGUGUGUGUAGCCGCCGUGGGAGAGGACGCACGCUGGCUACACCUCCUGACUGACACUCCUACACUCCUUCCCCCUCACUACACCAGGUUGUGUUAGGAAAUGUCGAGUCAGUACAAGCGUCCAUCAAUAACUAGUGCGGGAGGUAAACGACGAUCUGGUAGUACAAAGUUCGAACUCACUGAGGAACAGAAGAAUGACAUCAAGGAGGCUUUUGAUCUCUUUGACCCCAAUGGCACAGGUACAAUUGACCCCAAAGAAUUGAAAGUAGCCAUGAGAGCACUUGGGUUUGAACCUAAGAAAGAAGAGAUAAAGAAAAUGGUUGCAGAAAUUGAUAAAGAUGAAAGUGGCAAGAUCAGAUUUGAAGAAUUUCUUCAUAUUAUGACUAUUAAGAUGGCUGAAAAAGAUGUGAAGGAGGAAAUUUUAAAAGCUUUUAAGCUUUUUGAUGAUGACAACACUGGCAAAAUUUCUUUUGCCAACUUGAAACGUGUUGCAGAAGCCUUGGGUGAAAACCUAACUGAUGAGGAACUGCAAGAGAUGAUUGAAGAAGCUGAUCGAGAUGGUGACAAUGAAAUUAACCAAGAUGAGUUCUUUCGUAUAAUGAAGAAAACUAGCUUAUAUUAGCAACCAUGAG